AAUGAAACAAAAAACCAAACAGCAAAACCGUGAAAGAAUUGAGUUCUUGAUUUGUGAGCAGUUUAAAAAAAUAAUUACAGAGGUUGGCAAAAGAGCUGGUGUUCCAGGUUUAUCUGCUGCUGGGGGAUGUGCUUUAAUGUCCUCUCUUGAGGCAUACUCUGUCUCUAAUUUGUAAAAAUAGGAUCCUGGUAUGACUUGUUCUGUAUCUUAGUAUUCCUUAGUCUUCUGUUGUUCUGACCUCACUAUUUUCAUAUACUGAUUUUGUUUUUUUACUCUUUAAUCCACCUGAGAUGCAGCUGGGGCUGUGCUUGUGCUGCUGGGUCCCCAGGACCUGCUGGGCACUGUUUUGCCCAGGCUGUGGACUUGGGCAGGGCAGCAGGGCACAGAGAGGUGGGAUGUGCUGCCUUGUUCUGUGGUGAAUGAAACCCACCUCAUUUCCUAGGCAUGAGAAGGGCAAGGUAUCUUUUUUGGUUGGGAAUUAACUGUGAACAUUGAGCAGUUCUGCAGUGUGGGGCUGUGGCUUGGCUAAAUCUCUGCUGCCUUUAGCUGGGUGGCUGCGUGUUGAAGUUUGUUAGUAAAGAGGAUGGGACCAGAAGUCUUGGGAACUGUGUGGUCUUUUUAAGAUGUAAAAAUAAACAAAGCUGAGAAGCUCUACCCUACUUAAAACAGGCUGACCUAAAUUUUCAGCAGUUCUAGCAGAGAGGCAGCUCUGGGCAGGGAUAAAGGCUGGCUGAUGACUGGCUUCCCUGUCCUUCCAUCGCUUGACAAGGUUGACAGGCCACCUUUGGCACAUCAACACUGCACUCUGAGGUCAUUCACUUCUCCCUUCUUGAGCUGCACAGCCUGGCUGGGGAUUUGCCUUGUGCUCCUGUGGACAGUCUCCUUGUUAUGCAAGUCAACAGUUCAGCAUCUUCUGGGAAGUCACAGCAUGAAUCUCUUCUCAAAUUGCUUUUGUUGGAGUGUGUUGACAGCAUGUUAGAUGUCCUCUGGCUUGUCCCUACAGAGAUUGCUUUUGAGAGGAGAUAAGAGUAGAGGAAUUGUGUAUCCUUUCAGCAGCCUCCUGUUAAACUUGGAAUCCCACAGCUCAAGCACGUGAACAGAUGGAUAAUGGAGACUGGGGAUAUAUGAUGACUGAUCCAGUCACGCUAAAUGUGGGUGGACACAUGUACACGACCUCCCUCACAACUCUAACGAGAUAUCCUGACUCAAUGCUCGGGGCCAUGUUCAGGGGAGACUUCCCCACUGCCAGGGACUCUCAGGGCAAUUACUUUAUUGACAGAGAUGGACCACUUUUCCGUUAUGUUCUUAACUUUUUAAGGACCUCAGAGCUCACUUUGCCACUGGACUUCAAGGAGUUUGACCUGCUCCGGAAGGAAGCAGACUUCUAUCAGAUUGAGCCCUUGAUCCAGUGUCUCAAUGACCCCAAGCCGCUGUAUCCUGUGGAUACCUUUGAGGAGGUGGUGGAGCUGUCCAGCACCCGCAAGCUUUCCAAGUACUCCAACCCGGUGGCUGUGAUCAUCACGCAGCUCACCAUCACCACCAAGGUCCACGCGCUGCUGGAAGGCAUUUCAAACCACUUCACCAAGUGGAACAAGCACAUGAUGGACACCAGGGACUGCCAGGUGUCCUUCACCUUCGGGCCGUGCGAUUACCACCAGGAAGUGUCGCUGCGCGUGCAUCUCAUGGAGUACAUCACCAAGCAGGGCUUCACCAUCAGGAACACCCGCGUGCACCACAUGAGCGAGCGUGCCAAUGAGAACACAGUGGAGCACAACUGGACUUUCUGCAGACUGGCACGGAAAACAGAUGACUGAUUCUGACUCCACAGGAGCCACUUCAGUGAUUAGCAACUUCAUUGGACAGUGAACCCAAGAGAGUCUGGAUUUUGACUAAAGCAACAAUAUGGGCUUUUUUUAUACGACUAUUUAUUGUUUAUCAGUGAGGACUGGAGGAGUUUCAUUCUCUAGCAGCUCUGUUCUUUUGUCCAGUUCAGAAAAAAACCGUGCAUGUGCCUGUUCAGUCAAGACACCUUUUUGUUUGAAAGAGGGAGUCCGAAGAAUCAGUACAAUAGGGUAUUUUGUGUCAUUAACACAAUUCUCUGACUCGACUCAAAGUGCUAAAAUUACCUCUUGUUUAAAUGGUUUCUAAUCCAUCUAAUGCUAUGACACUGGGAGCAAGAAACAAAGAUUUUAAAAUGCAGUUUAGGGAGAAGCUGCUAUUGUGUAGACUAAUUUAGUUUCUAAAUCAAUAAACAGUAUUGUAAUAUUCUAGGAAAACAAAUCCCACCCUUUAAAAGUACUUGAUAAGUACAGUUUCUUACAGUUAUGACAACUGUUUCUUUCUAUGCAUAUAAAUCAAGCAACCAAAUAUUAUCUGUAGCCAUGGAAAUAUGAUUACAAAUAUUUAUAUUGGAUUCUAAAUGCAAAAUGUCCCUGUGGUAGAAUUCAUAUUUUUAAUGCCUGGUGCAAUAUUAUUCCCAAGUGUAAUGCCUGCCAGAAGAAGCUAAUAAAAAUGUGAAAUACAGAA